AUGGAGUCAAAAGAGUAUUCGUCCUUAUUUGCUUUAGUUGAUAGUCAUCUCUCUAAAACUAGUUUGAAGGAAAAUGUGUCAAGUGAGAAUAGAAAAAGUGCGUUACCAAUUCCUUGCCCAAAAGGGUUUCACAAUGGAAGUGUUUCAGAAACUUUUUUGCUUUCUCCUGAUCAAAGACUACCUAUACCUUCUUUGAGUGUAAGUGAUAGUCCCAUAACUAGUGUAUUAGCAAAACAAGUUGCUAAUAUGUUAAAAGCGAAAGAAAAGAAAAAGCAAAAAGAAGAAGAAAAACAAAAAUUGGAGGAAGAAAUGAAGAAAAUGAAAUUAGAUGAUAAUGAAGAUUAUGUUAUUGACCUCAUGAAGGCAUUGCAAACUCCUUGCAUACCCAUUGCUUCCUCUCACUCAGAAGAGCUACGUAGUAAAAGCAGCUCAUUUGAGACUCUUUUUCAACUUAACUUCACUGACUUUGAUGAAGAAUCACAAGAAGAAAUAAAACCUGAGCCUUUAUUACCAUGUGUAACAGAUAUGUCGUUCAUAUUACAGCAAAAGAUUCCUAGAGGUAAAUGUUCUCCAUUUGGCAAAGUUUUGACAUCAAGAUUAAGGCCUGUAGCUGCACCAUAUCUUAAAGAAAAGGUUAAAACAGAUAUAGGGAUUUUCGAUUUCAGUACAAAGUCUCCUUGUGAUAUUAUAAAAGAAAAAUUGAGAAAACCAACAUCGUACAAUAUUUAG